AUAUGCUUGGAAGAAAGUAUGAUGGUAGGUGAACGUCAUCUAGCAGAUGCGGGUUAUAAACCUUCCCACAUCGACGAGGAAGGUGGUAACAAACUUUCGAAAAAUGAAGAUGACGAAAUCCAGGAUGAGUCCAAGUUGGCUAUUGAGGAAUCGAAGUUAGCUAUCGAGCAACAAUUGGCUCCUUGGAUUACGACGCGAAACUUUCUCAAUGCAACGCAGACGAACGCAAUGCUCAAAUUACAUGGCGAAGGUGAUCCUACAGGAAGAGGCGAAGGUUUUAGUUUUAUUAGAAUUUCUAUGAAAGAUAUAUUUUUAAAGGCAGGAGAAAAUGCACAAGAAAAACUUGCGGAAAUUGAAAACAAGCCAAAAAGCGGUCAUAAAUAUAAUGUGAUGGAACAAUGGAAAAGAUAUAAUCAAGAGAUUUAUCGAAUAUGGAAUGCUCAGUACGCAUCACUCAGCAUGCGAGAUGAACUUGCAUCAGGCUCGGAAAAACUCGAUGCAAAUCGCAUCGAUGAUUCUGAACAGUAUACAAGAGGACAAUUUUCGCAUAAUGAAGACACUCAGGUGGAUAGUGAAACGGAAAUGCAGGAAAUGCAGGAAAUGAUCGAUUCAGCGAUGCCUGAUCGUUCACCUUCUGCGGAUUUUGAUGAUGUAGCCUCUAUUGAUGGCAGCGUGGGUUCUCGAGCAAAUUACGAUUGUGGUUCUCAUCGAAAUCGCGCAUUAGUCAUCAACCGAAUGGUUCGCACGGAAAACGGUGAACCCGUGUGGACAAAAACACUCGUUACUGAUCCUUCGGUGAUUAACGCUUAUGUUCGUCAUAGGCAAUUAAUCGAAGAGCAGGCGAUGAG